ACAUGAUGCCUGGCCCAGGCCUUCGCCCCCUCCCGUCACGUGAUGGGUUGGGGAAAGCCAGGGCAGAAAUCAGGGUCCCGCUCCACCUUUUAGGGGAUCUCUGGGUCUGAAGAGGGGGACUCGAGUGUUCAGUCUGCGCGGCGAGCGUUGGACGGCUGAAAGAUCCUCCUCUCCAGGACUUUCUGCUCAGCUUGCUGCAGGCUGCUAUAGGGUCAGCGGGCAUCUCUCACAGUCUUCAUACUACCUGCUUCCCAUGCACAGGUUAGCGUUGUUAGCGUCCUGUGCACUUGCUGCAGUUUUCCUCCUCUCUGCAUCACACACAGUCUUGGCUUCUCUACAGUAGAAGGUUCUUUUAAUGGAGCAGCCAUUUGGUUUAUGGUCCUGGCUUCCCCUCAUGAUCCACAGACCCCAGCUCUAAGGCCAUUAAUCAUUCCCACCAUCGUGGUGUGGAGUCACCGUCACGAUGCUGGACUUCCUGGCAGAGAAUAACCUCUGUGGCCAGGCAAUCCUGAGGAUCGUUUCCUGCGGCAAUGCCAUCAUUGCCGAGGUGCUGCGGCUGUCUGAGUUCAUUCCAGCUGUGUUCCGGCUGAAAGACCGGGCUGACCAGCAAAGAUAUGGAGACAUCAUAUUUGACUUCAGCUAUUUUAAGGGUCCAGAGUUCUGGGAAAGCAAACUGGAAGCCAAGCCUGAGCUACAGGAUUUAGAUGAGGAAUUUCGGGAAAACAACAUAGAAAUCGUGACCAGGUUCUACUUAGCCUUUCAAAGUGUGCAUAAAUACAUCGUGGACUUAAACAGAUACCUCGAUGAUCUCAAUGAAGGAGUUUAUAUUCAACAGACCUUAGAAACUGUGCUUCUCAAUGAAGAUGGAAAACAGCUUCUAUGUGAAGCCCUGUACUUAUAUGGAGUUAUGCUUCUUGUCAUCGACCAGAAGAUUGAAGGAGAAGUCAGAGAGAGGAUGCUGGUUUCUUACUAUCGAUACAGUGCCGCUCGGUCCUCUGCUGAUUCAAAUAUGGAUGAUAUUUGUAAGCUGCUGCGAAGUACAGGGUAUUCCAGCCAGCCAGGAGCCAAAAGACCACCCAACUAUCCUGAGAGCUAUUUCCAAAGAGUGCCUAUCAAUGAAACUUUCAUCAGCAUGGUCAUCGGACGCCUGAGAUCUGAUGACAUUUACAACCAGGUCUCUGCCUACCCCCUGCCAGAACAUCGCAGCACUGCCCUGGCGAAUCAAGCCGCCAUGCUGUACGUGAUUCUCUAUUUUGAACCUUCCAUUCUUCACACCCACCAAGCAAAGAUGAGAGAGAUCGUGGAUAAAUACUUUCCAGAUAACUGGGUCAUCAGCAUCUAUAUGGGCAUCACCGUUAAUCUAGCUGAUGCUUGGGAACCUUACAAAGCUGCGAAAACUGCUCUAAACAAUACCCUUGACCUCUCAAACGUCAAAGAACAGGCGAGCAGAUACGCCAGUGUCAGCGAAAAAGUGCACGCUCAGGUGCAGCAGUUUCUGAAAGAGGGUUACUUGAGGGAGGAGGUGCUUCUGGACAAUAUCCCAAGGCUGCUGAACUGCCUGAGAGACUGCAACGUCGCCAUCCGCUGGCUGAUGCUUCACACGGCCGACUCGGCGUGUGACCCAAACAACAAACGUCUUCGUCAAAUCAAGGACCAGAUUCUGACAGACUCUAGGUACAAUCCCAAGAUCCUCUUCCAGUUGCUGUUGGAUACUGCACAAUUUGAGUUUAUACUCAAAGAGAUGUUCAAGCAAAUGCUUUCAGAGAAACAGUCAAAAUGGGAACAUUACAAGAAGGAGGGCUCGGAGCGGAUGACCGAGCUGGCUGAUGUCUUUUCAGGGGUGAAACCGCUAACCCGAGUGGAGAAAAAUGAAAAUCUUCAAGCUUGGUUCAGAGAAAUCUCAAAACAAAUACUGUCACUAAAUUAUGAUGAUUCUACUGCUGCAGGCAGAAAGACUGUGCAACUAAUACAAGCUUUGGAGGAGGUUCAAGAGUUUCACCAGUUAGAAUCAAAUCUGCAAGUUUGCCAGUUUCUCGCUGACACCCGCAAGUUCCUCCAUCAAAUGAUCAGAACCAUCAACAUUAAGGAGGAAGUCUUGAUCACAAUGCAAAUCGUUGGGGACCUUUCGUUUGCCUGGCAGUUAAUUGACAGUUUCACAUCCAUCAUGCAAGAAAGCAUAAGGGUUAACCCAUCCAUGGUUACCAAACUCAGAGCCACGUUCCUCAAGCUUGCCUCUGCCCUUGAUCUUCCCCUGCUGCGUAUUAAUCAAGCAAAUAGCCCUGACCUUCUGAGUGUGUCUCAGUAUUACUCAGGAGAACUGGUGUCCUACGUGAGAAAGGUUUUGCAGAUCAUUCCAGAGAGCAUGUUCACAUCUCUUCUGAAGAUCAUAAAGCUUCAGACCCAUGACAUCAUUGAAGUGCCUACCCGCCUGGACAAGGACAAGCUGAGGGACUACGCUCAGCUUGGCCCACGAUACGAGGUUGCCAAGCUUACCCACGCCAUCUCCAUCUUUACCGAGGGCAUCUUGAUGAUGAAAACGACCCUGGUGGGCAUCAUUAAGGUGGAUCCCAAGCAAUUGUUGGAAGAUGGAAUAAGGAAAGAGCUAGUUAAGCGAGUCGCUUUCGCCCUCCACAGGGGACUGAUAUUCAACCCUCGGGCCAAGCCAAGUGAGUUGAUGCCCAAGCUGAAGGAUCUGGGAGCCACCAUGGACGGGUUCCAUCGUUCUUUUGAGUACAUACAGGACUAUGUCAGCAUUUAUGGUCUGAAGAUUUGGCAGGAGGAAGUCUCUCGUAUUAUAAAUUAUAAUGUGGAGCAAGAAUGUAAUAACUUCUUAAGAACAAAGAUUCAAGACUGGCAGAGUAUGUACCAGUCUACUCAUAUUCCAAUACCCAAGUUCACGCCCGUGGAUGAGUCCAUAACGUUUAUCGGUCGUCUCUGCAGAGAAAUCUUGAGGAUCACAGACCCAAAAAUGACAUGCUACAUAGACCAGCUGAACACUUGGUAUGACAUGAAGACUCAUCAGGAGGUCACCAGCAGUCGGCUCUUCUCAGAAAUCCAGAACACCUUGGGGACUUUUGGCCUGAAUGGAUUGGACCGACUUCUGUGCUUCAUGAUUGUGAAAGAAUUACAGAAUUUCCUCAGUAUGUUUCAGAAAAUUAUCCUGAGAGAUAGAACUGUUCAAGAUACUUUAAAAACACUUAUGAAUGCUGUCAGCCCUCUAAAAAGCAUUGUAGCAAAUUCCAAUAAAGUUUAUCUUUCCGCCAUCACUAAAACACAGAAGAUUUGGACUGCUUACCUGGAAGCCAUAAUGAAGGUUGGACAGAUGCAGAUCCUGAGACAACAGAUUGCCAAUGAGCUAAACUCCUCCUGUCGAUUUGAUUCCAGACAUCUGGCUGCUGCUCUGGACAACCUCAAUAAGGCUCUCCUGGCUGACAUUGAAGCCCACUAUCGGGACCCUUCGCUUCCCUACCCCAAAGAAGAUAACACACUCUUAUAUGAAAUCACAGCCUAUCUGGAGGCAGCUGGCAUUCACAACCCACUGAAUAAGAUUUACAUAACAACGAAGCGCUUACCCUACUUCCCCAUCGUCAACUUUCUCUUCUUGAUUGCUCAGUUGCCAAAGCUUCAGUAUAACAAAAAUCUAGGCAUGGUCUGCCGGAAACCUGCUGACCCUGUGGACUGGCCACCGCUCGUCCUGGGCCUGCUCACUCUGCUGAAGCAGUUUCACUCCCGGUACACCGAGCAGUUCCUGGCCCUGACCGGCCAGUUUAUUCGCUCCACAAUGGAGCAGUGCACAAGCCAGAAGAUGCCUGAAAUGCCUGCAGAUGCUGUGGGUGCCCUUCUGUUCCUGGAGGAUUAUGUCCGGUACACAAAGCUCCCCCGCAGGGUGGCCGAAGCACAUGUGCCUAACUUCAUUUUCGAUGAGUUCCGAACAGUCCUGUGACUUCUGCUGCAGUGCCAGGACCAGCCUCACUAGCUUCCUUAACUAAAGUGAACUUGGGAACAGAAAGAAACUUGACUACUCGUGCAACUCGCGUUGUUCCCUCCCCUGUGGGAAUCAUCAGCCAUUCGAGGGAAGAUGACUCAGCUCUAAUAUACUGUUGAAAUCAUGCUAUUAUAUGGAAUUUGUAUCAUGUAGAAGCAGAACUGUUUUAUACUUGCCUCUUCUAAAUACUCAGUGUAACUGUGAUGGAUGGAUCCUUUUAGUUUUCUGUUCUAAAGAACUAUUUGUGCGACUCCAGAUCUUCAGUAAAGUAAUAUUGCCAGUA